CGACGUCAUUUCCGGUCGCCAUCUCAACUUUUCUGACAAGCAAAUCGUUUUUCUCGAAAAACGGACAAAAUUUAUAUUUUUCCUGGACCGGCCCACAUUAGGUUUGAUUCCAGAUCGCUAGAUGAGGCUACGAAGAUUCAGGAAAUACCUUCAGAAAUUGGCUGCACAGCCCUGCCUGGAGUGUCUGCGUCGCUCUGCCCAGCCUCCGCCAUCUUGCCUCUCCCUGCCUGCCAGAACCCGAGUGCGGAAGUGGAAAAAGCGCUGUGCAGGCUCAGGGUUCCGCCUGCUGACGGUGUGUUAGAUCCUCCCGCCGACACAGCCUGCUAGCCGUAAAAUUUAACCGUUUCUACGCAGCUGAGAUCCAGGGAGAGAUGGCUGGACGGUUACCGGCGUGUGUUGUCGACUGCGGCACGGGUUACACCAAACUGGGCUAUGCGGGGAACACAGAGCCACAGUUCAUCGUUCCAUCAUGUAUUGCUAUCAAGGAGUCAGCCAAGGUCGGAGACCAGGCCCAGCGGAGGAUGAUGAAAGGGGUGGAUGACUUGGACUUCUACAUUGGGGAUGAAGCCGUAGACAAGCCCUCAUAUUCCACUAAGUGGCCAAUCCGUCAUGGAAUUGUGGAGGACUGGGACCUAAUGGAACGCUUCAUGGAGCAGAUCAUCUUUAAGUACCUGAGGGCUGAGCCUGAGGACCACUACUUCCUCUUGACAGAGCCUCCACUGAACACACCAGAAAAUCGAGAGUACACAGCUGAGAUCAUGUUUGAGUCCUUCAACGUACCAGGGCUGUACAUCGCCGUGCAGGCUGUGCUUGCUCUAGCAGCCUCCUGGACAUCCAGACAGGUGGGAGAGAGGACGCUGACCGGCACUGUCAUUGACAGUGGAGACGGUGUCACCCAUGUCAUCCCUGUGGCUGAAGGGUAUGUAAUUGGCAGCUGUAUAAAACACAUUCCCAUCGCAGGACGAGACAUCACCUAUUUCACCCAGCAGCUCCUUAGGGAGAGGGAGGUGGGCAUCCCACCAGAGCAGUCGCUGGAGACGGCCAAGGCAGUCAAGCACAAAUUUUUGUUUUCUAUGCUGUGCCCCGACCUUGUCAAGGAGUUUAACAAAUACGACACAGACGGCUCCAAGUGGAUCAAGCAGUACACUGGCAUCAACGCCAUCAGCAAGAAGGAGUUCACCAUCGAUGUGGGCUACGAGCGCUUCCUGGGACCUGAGAUCUUCUUCCACCCAGAGUUUGCCAACCCUGACUUCACUCAGCCCAUCUCUGAGGUCGUGGAUGAGGUCAUUCAGAACUGCCCUAUCGAUGUCAGGCGUCCUCUUUAUAAGAAUAUUGUUCUGUCAGGAGGCUCCACCAUGUUCAGGGACUUUGGGCGCCGUAUGCAGCGAGACUUAAAGAGGACGGUUGAUGCCCGACUGAAGAUGAGCGAGGAGUUAAGUGGAGGGAAGCUCAAGCCCAAACCUAUUGAUGUCCAAGUUAUUACUCAUCAUAUGCAGAGAUAUGCAGUCUGGUUUGGUGGAUCAAUGUUAGCAUCAACUCCCGAGUUCUACCAGGUUUGCCACACCAAAAAGGACUACGAAGAGAUCGGGCCCAGCAUCUGUCGCCACAACCCUGUGUUCGGAGUCAUGUCAUAACUUUGGCGUCUAACAGCGGCGGGUGGGAGCUGGAGUAGGAGGGGUGAAGUUAGGAAGUGUAAAGGAGGGCUCAGGAGGUGGGCGACGGUGGCGCUUCUGUGAUUUUCGAUUACUUGUUCAGCUAUGGAUGUGUGGCACAGGAAGGCGAUCCAGAAUAUAAAAAAAAAAAAACAAGAAAAGAGACCAGACCAAACACAGACCAGCUGGAAAAUGUAUUGUGAAUGUUCCUUUUUUCAUUUUCUUUUCUUUAUAAGUUUUUUCAAAAUGAGGGAAAAACGGUUUGUAAGCCAAAAUCAUUUUAGGAACAUUCCUGGAUCUGUUGAGCAACAUGAUGAUGAUGAUGAUGAUGAUGAUGGUGGUGGCUAUAAAGAUGGCGUUGGUGGAGGCCUGAGAUAGUUACAUUGGUAAUAAUUUCCUGACACCCGAGCAUAUGAUUUAUGUUUAUAAACACGAGUCCAGGCAUCUGAAGACUUGUGAGAUCAGUGAGAAGUUUGGAACAUAUUAUUGUCUCCUGUUAUGUUCUUCAUCCUUUUUCAGCUACAUGUGCACAGGUGUGUGUAUCAUGGUAAGAGCUUGUUUAUAUUUCAUACAAAAGUUUUUAUAUGUAGAACUUGGGACAUCAGAGGUAAAACAAAUUGAUAACAGUAUGAACCCAUGAUGCAGCUUUGGUACUGUAUGCAGUAUUUUUCAAAUUUACCUACGAUUAUUUCUCUCAUUGCCGUCUGCCCUUUAAUUCUUCAUACAUUACUACACAUCUGCUUUAACUUCAGACGCAGUCAGGUUUCCACCUCUGGUGCAGUGAAAGAAAGGAGAGCAGUGACUGUCAGACCAGUAUUGUUGGACUACAAGUUUUUUUUAUUAUUAAAAACCAAAUUAUUAAAAGAAAGGGAUUUGUGUAUUUAAGGCCUUGCCUCAUUCCAAUAAAGGCUCAAAUUUGUUUCUAAG